UUGCCAUUCAAUACAAGUUGAAAUUUCACAAAAAAAAAAAAACUCUCUCUCUCAAAACAACAAACAAAAAAUAAAAAAAUAAAAAAAUCUUAGUUCAUCACCAUUCUACAUCAAAGCAAAGCAAAGUGUAUUGAAGAACAAGUAGUAGUCCAUCAAGUACAACAAACAAUGCAUCCACAAAGUUUCAUGAACCCGGUUCACUUCCAAAGUAACUCUGAAAUGUUACCAUGGUCAAUUCCACCGGUUCAACCUUUUUUGAACCCGGUUCACCACCAUGAUCAGUCAUUUCUCCUCCCUCCUUCACCAUCGGCUUACGGUUUAUUCAAUCGUAACACUACAAUGGACCAACAACACCUCCGGUUCAUCUCAGAUAGUUUAGUAGGUCAAGUGGUUCAUCAUCAUAAUCAACCCGGUUCAAUAGCACCAUUUGGUUUACAAGCUGAGUUACAAAAAAUGAGUGCUCAAGAAAUAAUGGAUGCCAAGGCAUUGGCUGCAUCUAAAAGUCAUAGUGAAGCUGAAAGAAGACGUAGAGAAAGAAUCAAUAAUCAUCUUGCUAAAUUGAGGAGCCUUCUUCCUAAUACUACUAAAACAGACAAAGCUUCAUUGCUAGCAGAAGUGAUACAACAUGUGAAAGAGUUAAAAAGACAAACAUCCUUAAUAUCAGAAACAAGUCUUGUCCCAACUGAAAUUGAUGAAUUAACAGUUGACAAUGCAACAUCUGAUGAAGAUGGUAAGUUUUUAAUAAAGGCCUCUUUGUGUUGUGAAGACAGAUCUGACCUUUUACCUGAUUUAAUCAAGACAUUGAAAGCACUAAGGUUAAAAACAUUAAAAGCUGAAAUUACAACACUUGGUGGACGUGUUAGAAAUGUGUUGUUUAUAACCGGAGACGAUUAUUAUUGUGAUGAUAGCAAUAAUAAUCGAGAUCAUAUAGAUCCGUGUACAAGUGGAGACGAUGAAGAUACUCAGAUGAUGCAACAACAACCACAGUAUUGUAUAAGUUCAAUACAAGAAGCACUUAAAGCUGUGAUGGAGAAAUCAAGUGGUGAUGAUUCUGCUUCAACAAGUGUUAAGAGACAAAGAACUAACAAUAUCAACAUCCUUUCUUAAAUUACUUCUUUUCCUUUUAUGUGUGUGUGUCUUUUUGUUUUUGUUUUUUUGGGGUGUGUGGUUUUUGUUUUUUGUCCAUCUUAUUAGGACAAUAUAAUGUAGAGAGUUGGUGGUGUCUAGCUAGGGUUUUGGGUUAAUGGUAAAAGUGUAACUUGUCAUGAUGUGUGAGUUGCAUAUUGGAAAACCCUACCAUAGACAAAAACUCAGAAGCCAGGUAUUUAAGUGGAGAAGUACUAUAGAGGGUCAAAUUUAGUAUCGGUGGAUUUUGAUACCGUGUGCUAUUUGACUCUUGGAGGUUUAAUUUCUCGAUUAUUACAAAAAAAUAUAUAUGUUUAGGGUUGGUGCAUAG